UUUACUAAUUAUGUUCUAGUGAACUCUAACAAUGGCCUUGUUACUCAUCAGUGACCUCCGGAUAUCGAUCACCCUUGUUGUUUUUUUCUUCCUCUUAGUUUCCUUUCCAGGGAUCACUUACGGUGAAGAAGACGACUCAGAGGCAGGAGGUGCAGGUGGAGGGCCAGGAUUUGGCGGUGGGGGAACAGGUGUGGGAGGCGGAGGAAUAGGCGGUAGCGGGCCAGGAUUUGGCGGUGGUGGCACCGGAUUUAGCGGCGGAGGGACGGGUUUUGGUGGAAAUAGCGGCGGAGGUUUAGGUGGGGGCAAUCCAUCGGAGAUAGUUGCGAAAGCUUUGGAGUGCUUAAAUGAGAAACACAUUUACAGUGAGUGUGAGGAAGCAUGGAGGCUAACGUUAACCGGAGAACUGAAUAUUCCGGGGGCGAGGACGGAUGAGUUCUGCCAGGGACCAUGCUUCUCCGAAACACAUUUGGCUUUGAAUUGCAUUGACGAGAUUCUUCACCACUUCAGGUUCUUCAACAGAGCCACCGUUUAUGACAUCCGUGACACCCUCAAGUCCGGCUGCAGCUACGGACCUGAACGAGGUGAUUUCAACGUUCUUGAGCACAUCGAAGAUGAAGAAAAUGGAAGUGAAAGAAUGAAGUCAAGGUCUGGACUGUUGCUUGGGACUGUGUUGUUCACCAUUGCCUUGCUUCUUUAAGAGCUUAAAUUUAUAAUCUUAGCUAUUAUCUUGGAUCGAUGGAUAACUAUAUAUUUAAAGAGUACUUAUAUAUUUUCACAUUUAUAAAAAAAUUUCUGUUAUAUUUUUGAUUUGCUUAAAGUAUAUUUUUUAAAACGAAUGUUUUUGAUUUAUCUAAACCACCUUUUGUAGUUUUUUAUGAUUAUUCUGCAAAAACUAUACUGAUCUCAAAUGUUUCCGGUAGAAAAUUAUUGGAGUAUAAUUUCAACCAUUGUCUGUAUCUCAGAAUUUAACAUUUCUGAUCGCACAGCCGAAUGAAAUACAGAAAACACAUUUAUAAGCUGUUUAAUUUCUAACCGUUGGAUCUCCCUUUUCCCUCCACAUAGAUCAGACCAUAUUGCUUUUUUUUUUAAUUUCUUUUCCCAGAAAACAGAAGAGAAGAGAAAACAGAGCAGAACAAGAUCGGAGACGUUUGAAUGGCGGAUUUGAAGAACCUCUUCCCCAUCAUGAGACACCCAUCAACGAUACAUAUUUUUCUAACUUCUCUUUUCUUGAUCUCUCUCUUCCUUCUCUCCUCUUUCUCUCUCUCAGAUUUCUCUCCCUCACUCAUCGUCUCGAGCUUCAUCUCUCGUCCUCUCACGGCGGCGAAUUUCUUCUCUUCUCCUUCUUCCACUUCGACAGCUUCUGACACAAAAACGCUCUACUCUGUUUCUCCGAGAAUAAUCCGCGUCAAGAACGAGUCGAAGAAGAUGUAUUUCGCGAUCAAAGAACUGAGUUCUUGCGACAUAUUUGACGGAAAAUGGGUCUUCGACGAUUCCGAGCCGGUUUAUUCUCCAGGUUAUUGUCCUUUCGUUGAAGAUAAAUUCAACUGCUACAAAAACGGCAGACCCGAUUCGGGUUUUCUCCGUCAUCGAUGGCAACCUCACGGAUGCUCAAUUCCAAGAUUCAAUGGGAAGAAGAUGUUGAAGAUACUGAGAGGGAAAAGACUUGUGUUCGUUGGGGAUUCAUUGAAUCGAAACAUGUGGGAGUCUCUGGUUUGUUCACUUAGGUCAACAUUAGAAGACAAGAACAGAGUUUCCAAGGUUUCUGGAAAACAGAGUAAUCUUCACAACGAAGGCUUUUACGGUUUCAGAUUCAAAGACUUCGAAUGCUCUAUAGACUUCAUCAAAUCACCGUUCCUCGUUCAAGAAUCCGAAGUUUUAGAUGGAUACGGGAAGAGGAGAGAGACACUGAGGCUUGAUAUGAUCCAACGGUCGAUCACGAAGAUAUACAAAAACGCAGACAUUGUCAUAUUCAAUACUGGUCACUGGUGGACUCACCAGAAAACUUACGAAGGGAAAGAUUAUUUCCAGGAGGGAAAUCGAGUUUACGAAAAGCUAGAAGUGAAAGAAGCUUACACGAAAGCUCUUCACACAUGGGCGGAUUGGGUUGAUUCCAAUAUCAACAGCACCAAAACCAGAGUCUUCUUCGUCGGUUACUCCUCUUCACAUUUCAGAAAAGGGGCGUGGAACAGGGGAGGGCAAUGCGAUGGAGAAACAAGGCCGAUACAGAACGAGACGUACAAAGGAGGGUAUCCAUGGAUGAUGAAAGUGGUGGAAUCAGUGAUCUCGGAUAUGAAAACGCCUGUGUUUUUCAUGAACAUCACGAAAAUGACUUGGUAUCGACCCGAUGGUCACCCUUCGGUUUACAGGCAGCCUGUGGAGGUCAUAGGAGGCUCUCCUCCUGCAACCGGUAUGUUCCAAGAUUGUAGCCAUUGGUGCCUGCCUGGCGUUCCUGACUCGUGGAACCAGCUUCUCUAUGCUACUCUGCUAGUUUCACAUGGUUACUUGCCUUACAAGUCACUUGGAACUCUAGUGUAAGAUUGUGGUGUUUUUACUUUCUUCCUCUUUGACUGCCUACUCAUUUGUUGAUCUUUCCAAGCAUUACUUUCCUUUGUUCUUUUGAAAGAGUAGUAACGACUGCAAAACUCAUUAAAAAAAGUCAAUCGCAAAUCUAUAAUCAAAUGUCCC